AUGGGAAAGCAGAGGGCCAACAGCAACGGGAGUAUUAUUAGCAACGGGAGUGGUAGCAGUAGUGACCAGCUUGGACUCACCAAGACUCCUUCGUCGGCUUCCAUCAACGGCGGCGGCGGCGGGGUGACGAAGGUGAAGAGGACGAGGAGGACCGUGCCACGAGACUCGCCGCCGCAGCGCAGCUCCAUCUACCGUGGCGUUACAAGGCAUCGAUGGACGGGUCGGUAUGAAGCUCAUUUGUGGGAUAAGAACUGCUGGAAUGAGACACAAAACAAGAAAGGACGUCAAGUGUAUCUAGGUGCUUAUGAUGAUGAAGAAGCGGCAGCUCAUGCUUACGACUUGGCAGCUCUCAAGUACUGGGGUCCAGAAACGAUCCUUAACUUUCCGUUGGCUACGUACGAUAAGGAGAUCAAGGACAUGGAGGGGCAGUCGAGAGAAGAGUACAUUGGGUCGCUCAGAAGGAAAAGCAGCGGAUUCUCUCGUGGGGUUUCGAAAUACAGAGGGGUUGCAAGGCAUCACCAUAAUGGAAGGUGGGAAGCCAGGAUCGGCAGAGUGUUUGGCAACAAGUACCUCUACCUUGGGACCUAUGCCACUCAAGAAGAAGCUGCCACGGCGUACGACAUGGCGGCAAUAGAGUACCGAGGCCUUAACGCCGUCACAAACUUCGACCUCAGCCGUUACAUCAAAUGGCUCAAACCCAAACAAACCGGAAUAACCGAAGGCGGUACCGACCUUAAUCACGGCCAAAACCCUAACCCUACACUACCCAACUCCCCGCCCAACCUCGGGCUCAACAACUUCUUCCAGACCCAACCACCACAACCGAACCACCAACCCCCGCGGCCCAGCCCGAUCGAACCAAUGGUCCAACCUAUCAGCAGGCCGGCCAACACCACGUCCGCCCUGGGCCUCCUCCUCCAGUCCUCCAAGUUCAAGGAAAUGAUGGAGAUGACGUCAGCAACCGACCACCACCACCACCAUCAACCGGCUCCGGCGACCGUGACGAGCCUCGAGCUCGAGCCGCCGCAGUGCAGCUUCCCGGAGGACAUCCAGACCUACUUCGGGUCCCAGGACUCGACGAGCAGCUACGGCGGAGACGGCGGCGGCGGUAGCCAUGACGACAUGAUCUUCGGCGACAUCAACUCGUUCGUCCCACCGAUGUUCCAUUGCGAUUUCUGA